AUGAGACCAAUACGUUGCCCCACCCCUCACGUGACACACACUGCCUGGUAUCACGUGACUGUCAGCAGCCGCUUCCUGGUUUUGUCUUUCUGCGUGUUUCCGGUUCCGGUAAAGAGUCAGCCCCCCCUCCCCACCCCCCAAACCGCAGGAACCGACUGGGAUCCGGUACCGGGACAUGAGAUGACAACAUCAACCCUGCAGGUACCGAACCGGAACCGAGACCGAGAGAGAGAGAGAGAGAGAGAGAGAGAGAGAGACUGCCAGAGAGAGAGAGAGAGAGAGAGACUGCCAGAGAGAGAGAGAGACUGCCAGAGAGAGACUGCCAGAGAGAGAGAGAGACUGCCAGAGAGAGAGAGAGACUGCCAGAGAGAGAGACAGACUGCCGGAGAGAGAGACAGACUGCCGGAGAGAGAGAGAGACUGCCGGAGAGAGAGAGAGACUGCCGGAGAGAGAGAGAGACUGCCGGAGAGAGAGACCGCCAGAGAGAGAGAGACCGCCAGAGAGAGACCGCCAGAGAGAGAGACCGCUAGAGAGAGAGAGAGACUGCCAGAGAGAGACCGCCAGAGAGACUGCCAGGAGAGAGAGAGACUGCCAGAGAGAGACCGCCGAGAGAGAGAGAGACUGCCGAGAGAGACCGCCAGAGAGAGAGAGAGACUGACUGACUGAGAGAGACUGAGAGAAAGAGAGAGACUGUCAGAGAGAGAGAGAGAGAGACUGACCGAGAGAGAGACCGAGAGAGAGACUGCCAGAGAGAGAGAGACUGCCAGAGAGAGAGAGACUGCCAGAGAGAGAGAGAGACUGCCAGAGAGAGAGAGAGACUGCCAGAGAGAGAGAGAGACUGCCAGAGAGAGAGAGACUGCCAGAGAGAGAGAGAGAGAAACUGAUAUAUAUAGACUGCCAGAGAGAGAGAGAGAAACUGAUAUAUAUAGACUGCCAGAGAGAUAUACAGAUGGAUAUAUAGACUGCCAGAGACUGAUCUGUAGACUGACCUAGAGCUAUAUGGACAGGGACAUAUAGCUGUCAGUCAAAUAUAUAGACAGACAGCACAUAGAGCUAUCAGUGAAACAUAAAUAGACAGGGGGUAGGGCUAAAGGUGUUGGGUGUGUAUAUAUACUUGGAGAACUGAGGAGGGCAGGGCUUAAGCUACAGGUAUAGGGAGAACGAUUUAGCCAGGUAAGCAGGGAUAGGGAGAACGAUUUAGCCAGGUAAGCAGGGAUAGGGAGAACGAUUUAGCCAGGUAAGCAGGGAUAGGGAGAACGAUUUAGCCAGGUAAGCAGGGAUAGGGAGAACGAUUUAGCCAGGUAAGCAGGGAUAGGGAGAACUAUCUAGCCAGGUAAGCAGGGAUAGGGAGAACUAUCAUAGCCAGGUAAGCAGGGAUAGGGAGAACUAUCUAGCCAGGUAAGCAGGGAUAGGGAGAACUAUCAUAGUCAGGUAAGCAGGGAUAGGGAGAACUAUCAUAGCCAGGUAAGCAGGGAUAGGGAGAACUAUCAUAGUCAGGUAAGCAGGGAUAGGGAGAACUAUCAUAGCCAGGUAAGCAGGGAUAGGGAGAACUAUCAUAGCCAGGUAAGCAGGGAUAGGGAGAACUAUCAUAGCCAGGUAAGCAGGGAUAGGGAGAACUAUCAUAGUCAGGUAAGCAGGGAUAGGGAGAACUAUCAUAGCCAGGUAAGCAGGGAUAGGGAGAACUAUCAUAGCCAGGUAAGCAGGGAUAGGGAGAACUAUCAUAGUCAGGUAAGCAGGGAUAGGGAGAACGAUCUAGCCAUAUUAUUAUUAUUAUUAUUAUUGUUAAAACAUUGUUCUGGUAUGUCUAUGAGAACAGGCAAUCUACUUGAACCAAAUAUGGCUAUAAGUGUUUAAGAAGAGUUUUAUGACCCAGAGAAAUACCUCUAGAGACAGAUUUGAUGUAUAAGAGCAAGGAUUACUGGAUAGGCCAUAGACACCAUAUACAAGUCAGAGCAAAACACUGAGAGGCUGAUCAUUGUGCAGAGGAUAAUUCCCAAUGGAUUCGACAGAGGUGAGUGAUGUCUGUGGUGCAGUGGUGAUGGUGUAGCAGUAAUGUAGAGUUAAAUAUAUCGAUAUAUCUGAAGUGGAGGAUUAAGGGUUAAUUAAUGUGGAUCUAGGUGAGUGAUACCUCUGAGUACUAUGUUGUGGUAUGUAGCUGUUAUAUAAAUAACCAGAAGUAUAGAAGGAAGUAAUUAUCCGUGGAGAGGAUAAUGGACGUGUCCCGUGACCAGGUGAGGUAAUACCUGUGGAUGCUGAGUAAUGUUUGUCUGUGACAAUGAUCACAACAGUGAAUUGCGAGGGCUGUCACAAGGGAUGUAUUUAAUCUUUAUUGCUGGAGAGAUCGGAGUUGCUAACUAUCCAGAGCAGGAACACACUUUCAGAACAUUUUAUAAGUUUUCCAGUAUAUCAAUUUUUGCCUAAACUUUAAAAGUUCUAUUUGAAUACCUGUCGUAGAGAUAUAUAGACUGCGCCCCCCAAUUAUAAUAAUUGUAUCCCAGAAUCUCUUAUCAUUACACUCACAGUUUGAUUUCACCUGGCAUUUUCUAGUCUUGUGUAACUGGUUUAAUCAAUUACAAUCUUUCGGUGAGAAUUCCAUCUCCACUUGUUCAUUUAAAUCAGAGGUUGGAUUUAGGGGAAAACAUCUAUUAACACAUAACCUCAGCCAGGAUAAGUAAAUCGCCAGACUGUGCUUCAUGUAGAUCAUUAGUGCGCCUGUUACACUGUAAUGUACAAAUUGUUACCAUACUCCUGACACAGAGACCUUUGUACCAAAUACAAUGUGUUAUAUCCUGAAGGUGGCUGGCUCUCAUUGUUCAGCUGGGCUGCUGCUCUCAGGAUUGGUUUCUGGAAGGAGUAAAUGGCAUGCCGUUAUAGCAUUAAUCAGUGAGUUCACUGAGUUGGAUUCAUAAUCCUUAUAUUUCUUUUUAAACCAUUGAUCUAGAACUGUAUGAAUGCAGCUAUUUCUGGCUAUUAAGAUAGUCUGCGUGGCUCCCAGGAUUGUGUGCGCAUAUUACCAGCCAAAUGUUUAAUUAAACCUUCUUCAAAGCAAUAAUUUAAUGAUAUGUCAGACUGCAAGAACACUCAGUCAUUUAUUUAUUUGAACAUCAUCUUCUAAAAGCUAAAUAAUCCAUUGCAAAAUAAAAUCAGAAUUUCUUAGUUAAUUAGAUUCCCAAGACAAAGGAGUAUCAGUCUGAAUCCUCUGUGAACAACAGUAAACGUUUUUUUUUCUCUUAGGGUUAUUUUAUUACAUUAAGAAUUGACAGUGAAUUUCACAUUUAAAGGGACACUAUAGUCCAGGGAUAGGCAACCUUCAGCACUCCAGAUGUUGUGAACUACAGACCCCAUAAUGCUCUUACACCCAUCAUGCUGGCAAAGCAUCAUGGGAGUUGUAGUCCAAAAUAUCUGGAGUGCCGAAGGUUGCCUAUGCCUGCUAUAGUCCCUAAAACAGCACUGGCAUAGUGAAGCAGUUCUUGUUUAUAGAUCAGUCUGACUGCUCAAUUCUCCUUUGUUUCUGUCUGUGCAGCUUCAGCCACACUUACCCUGACUCGUGACUCACACAGUCUGCGUGAAAAAAAUGGUUCCAUUUUCAGUCUGAUCUUAACACUUUUACCUGUUUAGGUCCCAAGUCCCCCUCAGAAUGGAGAUAAAAUGUAUUUCACUUACCUUUUCUCCGUCACCGCACUGGUCUCGCCACAGAUGGCUCCGUCUCCAUGAUCAUCAAUCUUGACAAUCUCUAGAAAAGCAUUGGGAGGCUAUUACGCGUGUUGCUCUGAGUGAAUAAGUGCAUCUCAAUGGGGAGAGUUCAGUACCUUAAUGCAGAGCCUGUCUGAGUGACUAUCGCUAGAGAUGUUAUUAGACGGCAAUGUAAACAUACUCUGAAAAUGCAGCGUAUUCAUUGCUCAGCCUGCACGAACAUACUAUAAACACCGGAACCGCUAUAUUAAGCUGUGGUGGCUCUGGUGAUUAUAGCGUCCAUUUAACUUUCUUUAGAAGUUUUUUCUUCUCCGUAACUUGAGCUUUAAUUAAUUACAGACACAAAGCUGCUGCAAGCUAUUAACAGAGCAGGAGAUAAGAAAUUCGACAUUGAACAAACUGUGCAGAGGAAGUUUAAACUUUAGAUCACUCUCUACAGCAGGGCUGCCCAACAGGUCAAUCCCCAGAUGUUGUAGAACUACAACUCCCAUGAUGCUUUGCAUGCCUUUAGAAUGACAAAGAAUCAUGGGAGUUGUAGUUCUACAACAUCUGGGGAUGUACCUGUUGAGCAACCCUGCUCAACAGGAAGUGUUUAGAAAGGCUGUGUAGGUCACAUGCAGGGAGGUGUGACUAGGGCUGCAUUAACAAAGUUAUUUCAUUCCUAAAUGGCAGAGGAUUGAGCAGUGAUGCUGCAGGGGCAUGUUCUAUACACCAAAACUGCUUCAUUAAGCUAAAGUUUGGUGGUUAUAGUUUCCCAGUAAGGCCAAAAUGGCCAUUCUAAAAACAGAAUUGAUUUGGAGAAUGUCUUAAAUUUAACUGUUUUGGGCUAAACUUUAAAUUCACUUUGAAUCAGUUUAUAAAGUUACUGAAAUUUCCUAUCCAGGCCACACCUCAUAGAACAAGUGACCUACUCUGCCCACAUGAAACUGUGAUAUAUGUGAAAGCAAAUAAAAAGAAAUGACGAUUAUUACGCCAUAUCUCCCAAACUGUGUGAGUGUUUGUACCUGAUGUGGCCUAAGCCAUAAGUCUGCAGACCCCUCGUUUGCUGAGAACUGCAAAGGGUCAGACAAUUGAUGGUGGGCAAUCUGAGCCCUGAGUCUGCAAAACAAGCAAUUCUAUAAAUCCCUGAGAGUAGAAUAGGAUGAAAACAUUUUUUGGGGUAAAGGAUGCAACAAGUGGGCUUUUGAGGAGCAUUCAUCAUUUUUAGUGAGCUGUUAACCUAAAAUAUUAACUAUAUUGAUCUAACAACCAAAUGUUUCUAAGGCUCUCUUUUGCAUGCUCGUUCCCACUAUAUAAGGCAACGUCACGGUCUAGGCUUGCUUUGUUGGUAAACUCUCCCAUGCCUAACACAGACUUGCUCUCCGUGGCUAUCAUGGCAAAUUCAGAGACUGCAUUGUGGCUUGUUAUUGAGUCCUUUUCCAGGAUAAUCACCCAAAACACAGCCUAAAGGUACACUCUAAGCACCUAAAUAACUUUAGCUUAAUAUAGCAUUUUUGGUGUGCAGAACAUGCCCCUGCAGUCUCUCUGCUCAAUUUUUAGCAGUUAAAUCACAUGCUUAUGUAGCCCUAGCCACACCUCGCUGCAUGUGACCUUCUUAGUCUCCCUACACAUUUCCUGUAGAGAGAAAUCUAAUGUUUAAACUUCCUUUAUUGCACAGUCUGUUUCAUUUAGAAUUUCUUAUCUCUUGCUCUGCAGGGGCCUCCUGUGUGUGAUUAAAGUUCAAUUCAUAGAGCAGGAGAUAAAAACCUCUAAAGUCAACACUGUGCUGUAAGAUCUGAUUGAAUAUGAAACCAUUUUUUACAUGGAGGUUGUAUGGGUUACAGCCAGAGACAGUGUGGCUAGGGCUCCAUACAUAGAAACAAAAGUGUAUAUCUAUGUCCUCACCAUUCUGCCCUUUACCCUGUAACGUGCCAUGAUAUAACGUGGAUUGAAUAUUUUUACAGAAAGCCAUUGAUCUGGUGACUAAAGCCACAGAAGAGGACAAGAAUAAGAACUAUGAAGAGGCGCUGCGAUUGUACCAGCAUGCAGUGGAGUACUUUCUUCACGCCAUUAAAUGUGAGUGCGUUGGGAGCCGCAGGUUUGAGGGAUGUCCAGCAUUAUGCUUUACUUGCCUGUAGCUACCUCUCUCACCAGGAUGUUAGUGCAUACAUAGCUCGGCCCAGUUACAAAUACAGAGAGGCUGUUAUCUACUGUAAUUACCCAAUCUCUUGUAUUGUGCUGGCAGAUGAGGCUCACAGUGACAAGGCGAAAGAGAGCAUUCGAGCCAAGUGCAUGCAGUAUCUGGACAGGGCGGAAAAACUGAAGGACUAUCUGAAGACAAAGGACAAGCAAAGCAGGAAACCGGUGAAGGAAUCACAGAAUGAGAAAGGGUGAGAUGUCACUGGAAUGUACAUGGAUCGUCUCUUCCAUUUUGAAGCUCUAUAUUGAGAGAUUGAUGUUCUUCUCACAGCAGUGCUUCCUGUGUGUUGGCAUAGGUAUUGGGACAAAGACCCGAGGGUUUCAUCUUGGUUAUUUUUGCAUUCACAGAAGUGACAGUGACAGCGAGGGGGACAAUCCGGAGACAAAGAAGCUGCAGGAACAGUUGAUGGGUACGUGUGACAGAAUAGGAGAAGCCAAAGUGAGGGCAAAAGUAGUGGUGGUUGGUUUACUGAGAAAAGGUGGAGAAGACAAAAUGUUGUGAUGCAAAAUGUGAUAAAUGCCAAAGUGCAGAACUUAUAACGUGAUCUUGUAUUCAUCUCACUAUCAAUGUUCUAUCAUUACCCCAGGUGCCAUUGUUAUGGAAAAGCCAAACGUUCGAUGGAACGAUGUGGCCGGUUUAGAAGGAGCAAAGGAAGCGCUAAAAGAAGCCGUGAUCUUACCCAUCAAAUUCCCCCAUCUCUUCACAGGUCAGGAUCAGUAGGGGAUCCAGGAACAUUCCAGCUAAACUACAGAUAUAUGUAUAUAUAUAUUUUAUAAAUCUGUGUAUUUUUCACCAUUGAUAACUAUGGAUAAAAAGUUCCAAAAUACUUAACCUCUAGCUUUUAGUGAAAUAUAACAACGUUUUUGCAGCCACUUACUGUGGGUUUAUCAAGAGGUCUGAAAUGUGAAUAAAUUGCCUUAAACAUAACUUCUUUUGACGUUCGGUGUUUCUUCCAUUAACUAGCUCCCAUUUUUUCCUCUCAUUAUGCAUUAACCUUGUGUUAUGUCUGUUCACUUGAAAAGGUAAACGAACCCCAUGGCGGGGUAUCCUGCUCUUUGGACCUCCUGGAACAGGGAAAUCCUACUUGGCCAAAGCUGUAGCAACAGAAGCCAAUAACUCGACCUUCUUCUCUGUGUCCUCUUCUGAUCUGAUGUCUAAAUGGUUGGGAGAGAGUGAGAAGUGAGUUUUAGUGGGUCUAAUGUAUAAAGGAAAGUUAAAGGGGUAUUAUUUAGUACAUGAUUAUUUCAAAUCUCGUCUUUUUACUACUUUCCAGGCUAGUGAAGAACCUUUUCGAGUUGGCAAGACAACACAAACCGUCCAUUAUAUUCAUUGAUGAGGUUGACUCGCUGUGUGGCUCUCGAAAUGAGAAUGAGAGUGAAGCUGCCCGCAGGAUAAAAACAGAGUUCUUGGUGCAAAUGCAGGGUAACUCCUUUAUACAUUUACUCACCCUACCCCUUCCCCAUAACUACAAAGAUACUAAAAGUUUUAAAGGUAAAAAGUAGGAUCGAACCAUUGUGUACGUUGCAUAGUAUUCCGAUUGAGCAGAUUGUCUUGGGAAGGACCAUUUCUGUCUUAAAUAAACAUUAUUUGUAUCUUAAGUACUUGCCCCUGCAAGCCAUAGUAGCUUAUGAGUCCAAAUGUUAAGCCUGCUAUAUUACACAGAUACCCUUUAGUCAGCUCUCGUUGGCUAAAUCAUCUUCACAGAAGCAUUAUAGCUGUGAUGAGUUGUAAUUUUACAAAGCUUAGAGAUUUCAUUUAACAGACUUAUUUUCAUUUGCACAUAACCUGUAAUCCUGGCUUGUUAGCAUAGCCUUACAUUGUGAUUGCUUUUUCUGUGAGAUAAUUGUCUUCCAUGAUAAAACAGACACAAUGUAAGCAACCAUCCAACAGUUCAUAUUCGUGAAGGGAAGAAGCACUAACACCAGACUCCAGCAGCUCGUUAUACUUCGUACAUUUAAUGAAGUCUAACACGUUUUCUUAUUUGACACCAAAACACUUGUUUUUCAAAUGAAAUGAUUACUUUUUUUCACUUCACUAUUAAUAUUACUCCCUUCUUAUCAUGUAAGCAAUUUAACUAAAAGUGUUUUCCCUAUAAGAAGAUUUUCCCUAGAAGAUUGUAAAAAUCCUUUAGUUUGGGACUAAAGACUACUACUCAUUCCAAUGUAGUUAAACAAAUAAAGAGCGAUUCUUCAGUUAGACCCGCAUUUUGUUUAUAGAAAUUCACCGCGCUGAAGAUAUUUCCAUCUUUGUCCUUUGACACAAUUCACCUAGUCUUAUACGGUGAUCAGCCACAACAUUAAAACCGCUGACAGGUGAAGUGAAUAUUAUUGAUUUAUAUUAUUACAAUGGCACCUGUUAAUGGGUGGGAUAUAUUAAGCAGCAAGUGAAUAGUCCGAUCUUGAGUCAUGUGUUGGAAACAGAAAAAAUGGGCAAGUAAAAAGAUCUGACUUUGACAAUGGCCAAAUAGUGAUGGCUAGAGGGCUGGGUCAGAACAGCUAAAAAAAACGGCAAGUCUUGUGGGAUGUUCCUGGUAUGCAUUGGUUAGUACCUACCAAAGUGGAGCAAGAAAGUGCAACUAGUGAACUGGCAUCAGGGUUAUGGGAGCCCAAGGCUCAUUGAUGCACAUGGGGAACGAAGGCUAGCCUGUCUAAUCCGUUCACACAGAAGAGCUACUUCUGGCCAUGAUCGAAAGGUAUCAAUACACAGUGCAUCACAGUUUGCUGCAUAUGGGGCCCAGUGUUAAUCCGAUUGAACAUCGGUGUGAUGUGCUGGAAUAACACAUCCGAUCCAUGGAAGCCCCACAACACAACUUGCAGGACUUAAAGGAUCUGCAGCUACUGUCUUGGUGCCAGAUACCACAAGACACGUUCAGAGGUAUUGUGGAGUCCAUCAGAGCUGUUUUGGCAGCAUGAGGGGGACCCAUAUGAUAUUAGACAGGUGGUUUUAAUGGUUUGGCUGAUCAGUAUAGAUAUUGCUUUGAGGGGGGUUUACAGAGCUUUAAGUUAGCAUAUACAUACACACAUAUUUUAAAUCAUUUUUUCCCUCCUGGUUUAAAUCCGUGACACAUCCAUGCAAUGUUUCCUGGUGUGUAGGUGUUGGGAAUAAUAAUGAUGGAAUUUUGGUCCUCGGAGCCACUAACAUACCCUGGGUUCUGGAUUCCGCUAUUCGAAGAAGGUGAGCACAGUUGAUCACAAUUUACAAUCAUUUCCUCUAUAGUCCUUCAUGUCCACCAUGAUAUUUUGCUAGUGUUUGAAUAGAUACUGCAGAAUUCUCUGUUUAUUUAGUAGAUGAUUCACAAGCCUCACCUUUACAUUCUACAGUUCUAUUUAUUUUUUUAAGCAAUUUUUAUUUUCAUAAGGGUGAUAACAGAGCACUUUACAUUUAGGUCGCAAUGACAUCUUUUGAGCACACAGUUUCACACAGAGAUUCAGGCUUACGUUGUACGGGUUUGUAUUAUGCAUCUUACUCAGUCAGCAAUUAUGUUCCCAAACAGAAUAGAUCUUGUGAGCUGCAGUUUACCUACGGGAGCAGGUAGGGAGUGAUGAAGUUUUAUCGCAAUUUAAGGUCCGGAGACUCAGUCAAUUCAUCCUCCUGUCUGGGUUGUGCUUAGUUUCCGGGGUGUAAGUAGUUUGUUGUAUUACUGUAGAAUAUGAGCAUUUAUUGGGGUUCAGGGUGAUAUGCAUAAGUUGGGUAAGGUUGGGAGGAGGGUAGAAGCGAAAGAAAAGAGAAGAGGGAAAGAGAAGAAACAGAGGAAAAGGAAAAAAAAAAGGGGGGGGUGGGGGAAAGAAAGGAGGAGGGUAAAAAGAGUAUGGGGUCCCUCCAGCUCCCAGGGUCUACAGUUCUGUUUGAUUGUUUUUAGGUUUGAGAAGCGAAUAUAUAUCCCACUACCUGAGGAAGCUGCCCGAGCACAAAUGUUCCGACUCCACCUGGGAAAUACUCCACACAGUUUGAGUGAAGUAGAUGUGCGUGAGCUUGCCAGGAAGACAGACGGUUAUUCUGGCGCAGAUAUCAGUAUCAUUGUGAGAGAUGCCCUAAUGCAGCCUGUUCGUAAAGUGCAAUCCGCCACACACUUCAAGAAGGUAAUUUGCCAACAUUUGAGAGCAGUAAUCUCUGACAGAGCAUGUGUUAAGAGUUCUCUUUUACAUUGUAGAUUCGGGGUCCAUCACGCACUACUCCCGGGGUCACUGUAGAUGACCUUUUAACACCCUGCUCUCCUGGAGAUCCUGGGGCUAUAGAGAUGACAUGGAUGGAAGUGCCCAGUGACAAACUACUGGAGCCAGUUGUCUGCAUGGUGAAUAUAGACUAUUACCCUGAGCAAUCAGAUUUCCUUCUUUUUUUUUUUUAACCCAAGUCCCCUCCCCUUUACCUGACGCUUGUUUUUAUUCCCUUGUAGUCUGACAUGCUUCGUUCAUUGGCCACCACACGCCCGACCGUGAAUUCCGACGAUCUGCUAAAAGUGAAGAAAUUUACAGAGGACUUUGGACAAGAAGGAUGAGGAGCAGUGUGCAACAUGAAUUGGGGGCAUGCCUUUUUGGACACCGUGUUUGCUUGCUUAAUUCUAAAAGUGCCCCCCGCUGGCAACAAAGCAGGAAUCUGGUGGCGCUGGAGAACCUACAUCCAGGACUUUUACCCUAGCUCAGCGGCGCCUGGGCACAUCCAAUCACCUUUAAUAUGCUUCUGUCUCUGAGGUUUACGUACAUUUUGCCAUCAGUCACCAACCCUGACUUGGCUGCCUACCCUCCCCUUUCAAAAUGACAGAAUCUCCCUCGCCCUAAGCUACAAGGAGAACCGAAUCAUUUUAAUUGACAUUCUGUAACAUGACCAUUACUCAGCCGUGGCUCUUCUGUAAUCCCACUGGGAGUAUGUAAGGUGCGUUCGGUUGCCUGCACGCCCACCAGUCCUAAUUUACCCCACGCCGGUACCUGCUAUAUGCAUUACUGGGGAGUGUUCAGUUGUGUAAAUAUAUUCUAUUUCUUUGAAUUGAUGUUCUGUCUGCUGAUUAUUUAUAAGUAACAUAAUGUGCUGAGAGAUAUGUGACAUCAUUACCGUUCCCAAUAGGGGUUCACUAAACUAUGGGUAUGGUGAGCUGACAGCUGGAAUCUUGGAACAGCAUUAAAAAAACAAAAACAAACUGCAUAAAAUGUUUGUCCUAAAAAAAAAUCACUGUUUUUUAGAUGCUGCCUGUUUAGUGUAUUUACUGGAGGCCAGGAAUGGUGUAAAUGUUUUUUUAAAAUGCCAUUUAUAAGAUGCAUUUUAUCUUUAUUUUAUUCUACUUCUGUUGUGGUGAUACCUAAUCUAGAGUUCUGCGUUCCUACUGAGAGGUUGUAUUCACCGACCUGGCAAAAAUUGCUGAUUAGCAACUGAU